GGGUGCUCCAGGAAUCCAAUUCUCUCAAGAGCAAGGCAUUUCCGCACGGCCGACAACCUCAUUCUCAAACCAACGACCCUCGCAAAAUACGACAAGAUGGUGUUCGCGUGGAAAGCCGCAGGCCUUACCUACAACCGCUACCUGGCCAUCGCCGGCCGCGUUGUCCGCCGCAGCCUGAAGGAGGACAAGAGGCUCAUCGCUGAGCGCCGGGGCGAGAUGGACCUGCGCUUCGCCAAGUGGACGAACGGCAAGCAAGGCGAUCCGCAGAACCUGGCCGAGGCCAACAAGGCCAGCUCCUCGAGCUCCUCGUCAUAAGGCACGUUUGUCAGUGGAUAGAUGGACGGCGCGGGGUAUCCUGCACCUGCAGGAGGAGGGCGCAACAGGAUCUAUGUGACUUGACGACACUGGACCCGAGCCUGUUUUCGGAGCUGUAUCGUCACCGUACAAAGGGGUUGAAUUUCUGAGCAAUUCAAAUAAGCAGCAAUAGAGACGUUACGUCCGCCUGUGUUGACAUAUGGGCG